GUAUCGUCGUCGUCGUCCUCGCCGCGCCGCGCUCGCGUCGCGCUCGCGUUUCUCUCCACUUCAUUCCGAAGUGAGCCGCCGUCGCACGCUGACCGGCGUGACCUACGCUCGCGCCGAUACCCUUUUUCCACUCGACGUCGCCGCGACCGCGCACCACCAGCAACGCAUCACGGCACCGUCACCGCGUGCGCGAGAUAUCCGCUACCACUAAUGAAUUGAAUUCAUUUUCGUACCGCGCGAGACUCCAGCGGCACGCGUACACACGGGUUCGAUCGAUCGAUAUUCGUGCGACAAGUGACUCGCAAGUGUUGGAUAUCGAGAACCUCUUUCUCCUUUUAUAUUCCAUCCGCCAACUGGUUUCCUGGCUCUCGCUUCGAAUCCUGCUCUCUUCGAGUUAUCCUCCGCACGUUCUUUCGCCGUGUUCUCGGGAACCUGCUCCGAUCGACGCAUGUGUCACAUGAGUGUCCACUCGCACCGAGGAUCCAGGGAACUGCCUAUCCGCCGAGAGUUACGGAUUUCCACUACGUGAUCCUGGUCUUCGAUAAUCGCUGGUGUAGUGUCACGUGUCCGAGGGAAUCCAGAGAACCGUGCACGAGGCGUUCGGGGAAACUGGCUCAAGUCUCGAAUUCUGUUAGACGGCGUUCUAGCCGAAAUCACGAUGACGAUGGAUGUGAGCAAGUCGGAGCCGAGUAAAAAUGGCGCCACGCAGCAGGAUUGUGCAGGAUGCGGGAAAGCGAUCACGGAGAGGUAUCUCCUCAAGGCCAUGGACUUGUUCUGGCACGAGGAUUGUCUGAAGUGCGGGUGCUGCGACUGUAGGUUAGGAGAGGUCGGUUCUAGUCUGUUCACCAAGGCCAACCUUAUCCUCUGCAAGAGGGACUACCUCAGGCUGUUCGGGAACCCGGGACACUGCGCGGCCUGCAACAAGCAAAUACCGCCGUUCGAGAUGGUCAUGAAGGCGAGGACGAACGUCUAUCACCUGGACUGUUUCGCCUGUCAACAGUGUACGCAUCGGUUUUGCGUGGGCGAUCGGUUUUAUCUGUGCGAGAACAAAAUCCUGUGCGAAUACGACUACGAGGAAAGGAUCUUGUUCGCCAGUAUGCAAGUACCAACACCCGCCUCGCUGGCGUACAUCAAAAGGCAACUGCCGCCGACGCCGGCACCGCCUGGCCAGAACAUGCAUCCGGGUCAUAAUCCGUUGCAACCUCAUCAGGGACUCGGCCAGUCGGUGGGUCAACAUAAUCACGUGUCGAACGGUCAAAUGUCGGGGAGCACACCGAUGGUGAACGGGACGAGCAUAGGGGUAGGCGGUGGUACUAGAGCUCCAGGUGACAUGAACAACAACGGGCUGUCGGGUCCGGCUAUAGGACCGAUGAAACCGCCACCCAUGUCUAUGCAGGCGCCGACCAGCUGAGACGAGGUGUCGCCCCCAUUGAAGAAGCUCAGAUGUCUCAGCGGUUAUUGAGGCUAUUCAGGCUCGCCGAUGAGACGAAUCGGGGAGGGAGAGGAGCGAGCAUGGGACGAGGCGCGAAAACGUCGUAACGAAGUGAACCCGAGGAACGGACGAGUAACGGACAGACAGAUACGUAACGGGUGUUCGGUAAAGAUUACGAGAAAAUAAAACAGGAUGGAGACGAAGAGUAAAUUGUCUCCGUGAAAGAUCUCGAGGACACUUCCGGGCGAUCGAUCGUUUUCCGGGGAACUUUUGCCGAGAGAUCGGGAAUAAUCACUGUGAUCGCGAAUUAUAAUAUGAAUAAAUUUAUCGAGAAGAUAGUGGACCGCACGGGACGCGAACGUAUACGCUGAAGCGCGUGUACGUAAGAAACACGUUUGACGCACGUCUUGUAAUAUACGGUACGAUAUGUAACACGAUAAAGAAUAGGGGAUUUUAUGUAAGAUACGUUUCUGUGGAAGAGGAACGAUUUAGAGAAGGGAGCGAGUGUGGGUGAAAGGAAUGAACGCAUGUGGCAGAGUUCUCUUGUAAAUAUCUGUGUACCGUCGACUCUGCAACGCACCGAAAGACUAUCAGUAUACGCAGACCAAUCGAUGAAUUUUCAUGAUGGUUACUCGCGAUUCGUCGACAUUCGACGCAUUAGCAACUGAUCGUGAAGGCGAAUAUUGGACAUCGUGGAGGAGAGAGAGAGAGAGAGAGAGAGAGAGUGAGAGAGAGAGAGCCGUCACGGUGAAAAUUUAUUAAGUAAGUUACUGUUUGUUUGUUUUUAUUUUCAAUUUUAUCGACAGCCGCUCGAUCGGAAAGAUAACCAAAGGUUGGAAGUCGCGGCGUUUAAUUGUCGGAGUCUCGUAAACGGCGCGAAUGCGACGAAUCGAAACGUUUCCAAAAUCUCGGUAUACGAGGCGUAAUUCAAAGCGUACACACGAUGGCUGAUACCAAAGAUUAACGAUGUAAGUUUCGAUGUCCCACGGGUGCAAAUCGAACAUCUCGGAUUUCGAAUUAUUCCUUGAUCACAUUCGAUGAUGACAGUAAGUAUAUUUUGUUCGAAACCGCGUGCAUCUAUCGAUUGAACGUUUGCGAACCGCGGGACCGAAUCGUGGGCUUUACGCUUUAACGCCAAAAGAUGAACGCGAAAACAGACGAAGUGAAGAGGAAGAAGAGAACGAUAUAAAGUGAAAGGUUGACGGUGAUACCAAAAGAUGGUUAAACAAAAUCUGAUAAACCGUUGCGUGCGCUGAUAAACGAUCCGUUUUUCUGAAUUUUGCUGAAUUCAUACACGAGGCGCGAGUGUGAAAAGUUCGUCUGAUCGUAAACGAACGAAAAUUUCUUUCCCCUUUCUCUCUUUGAUACCGACAGAAAAAAACAUCCACGUUACCUUUCGAUCAGAUUAUUAUUCAUCCACGAAUCGCGGGUCGACACGGAAUUCGUGAUUCUAUAACACAGAAUUCGAAGCUUAACGAAUCCGAUUAAGUACAAAAAAUAAAUUACGCGAAGAGUACGCAGUGCUAGAAACUGUAUACAGGAGAGAGGAAGAGAAAGGAUACGAGUGACACAUGCAUGUAUACACACAUAAAAAGACACACGAAUACAACCGACACAUACAUACACACAGAUACACACUUUCCUCCUCGGUUUUUUAUCCAUCUGUAUAUAAUAUCAUUUAUUAGCGCACUAUUAAUAUAUUUACCGCCUCUAUAGGGGCUCCCAUUACUACCGAGAAAAUAUAACAUUCUUAUAAAUACAA